AUGUUGUUCGCACCCCUCCUGGCCUACGUCGUAUGGCCAUCCUUUGCCGAAUUCGUCACCGCAAAUGUAUCGACGUCCGACAUCACGCAAUCCGAUCAGAUCAUACAGCGCAAUGCUCUCAUUGAGUCAUACCUUGGCCAUCGGCCCAUACGGGGGGUCAGGAAGAUGAGCGACGAUGAGGGCGAAAAGUUCUUCAUGGAUUAUUGGCAAUUUGAUGACGACGACGACGAGAACUAUUAUACGAUCGGCAACUCGUCCAACACCGCCGAUGAGUUGACGUCGCCAGCAAGACGUUCUGAGAAUCUACAAACGACGGAGGAAAUCGACUUUCAACCACAGACAUACCCCUUCAACCCCUCGUACUGGAGUGGUUUGGAAGGCGAGGGGCGCGGUUGGAGGGCGGAUUUCUCACCGCUUCUUCGGCGGGACUUCCGUUGUCCGAGCGGCACCUCCAACUGCACAUCGAUCGACCGGCCCGACAGCUGCUGCAGUACGGAUGAUACGUGCGUCCUGGUCAAGGACACCGGGUCCGGGGACGUGGGCUGUUGUCCGAAGGGCAAGACCUGCUCGGGCACCAUCGGCUCAUGUUCCGAGGGGUACUCCAGCUGCCCGUCAUCCAUGGGCGGCGGAUGCUGCAUUCCAGGCUAUGAGUGCGUUACUGGUGGCUGUAACUCGACCGUUAUGCUGUCUACCUCCACACAGACAGUCGCGACUACCAACACGCUAUCCACGGGGGAUCUGAUUCCUCCCGCACGGCCUACGAGUGUGUCCACGGCCACGAGCUCCAGCACCAGCAAGACUACCAGCACCGCCACUGUGUCAGUCUGUCCGACGGGUUUUUAUGCCUGUUCGGCAUAUUACCAGGGUGGGUGCUGCCGGACGGGUCGCGAUUGCGACACCACAUCUUGUCCGGCGACGCCCUCGACGACUAUCGCUAGUGAUGGAGUCACUAUUGUGGUCCCGGUGAUCACUGCGACGGGAACCGCCACAGCGGCAACCAGCAGCAGCAGCAGCAGCAGCAGUAUGGGCCGAUGCGCGAGUGGGUGGUUCAGUUGCGCCGAUACAGUUGGGGGUGGUUGCUGCCCGACGGGAUACCGGUGCGGCUCCAGCUGUACGGCAGUCUCGACGGCCACGGAGACUGUCUCGAAGGAGCAACCGACGAGUGGAAGUCAAAAGAGAGGGGUGUCAAGAGGGAUGGCAGGAGUGAGCAUCGUAGUUGCAGUAACUCUGACAGUUCUAAGCAUGAGCUGAUAGCCUUUUAAGUUAGUUAUAACGAAAGAUAUGAGAUCACGGACGGUUAAAUGAAAGCCCAAGCCGACAGGCAAUGCGGAAAAAUGUAAAAGUAAUCGAUGGCUCACGGAU